AUGAUGUUCGCUCUCAAGCUUUCCAUAUUCAGCUUCAUAUUGUACUCCUGGCAAGAUCCCGAAAAGGCGAAUGAAUGCGGCACAUCAUGGAAACAUUGGGCCAAGCAACAUGACACUCUCGGUGUCAGGAUCAGUAGAUUACUGACGGUCGAAUUAGAUAUGCAAGCACCACCACAACCAAAUAAUACAUUACUGCUCAGUCCUGGUAAGGGUCAAGAUAAAAAAGUCGCAUCGCGGAAAAAACCAGGACAGUCCGGUAAACCAAAAUCGAAGGUUGGUGAAGCAGGGUCAUUGCCACCGUCCUCACAAAAUGAGGAACAAAGCCAAAAAGGAGAAAACAAGCCCCAGGAACCUUCACUAAAGGGUGGCGCUGACUGGCAAACACCAGAACAAAGUCACAAACUUCCCGGCAAUCCUAGUGGGGAUUUCUUUAAGGAACCACUCGUUCGGGCUAAGGAAAAAGAUGCGAAGGAUAAUGCAGAAUCUGUUACGGGAGCAACAAAAGUUCCCGGACCAGAAACAACGCGGGAAUCAGAUGAACAAGUAGGGGUCAAAAGACAUGACGUCCUAGCUGAUGCCAUAUAUGAUGAUGUCUCCACAGUCCCCAAAUCACAUCACAAGCUAGGUAAUGAUAACAAGAAAAGGCAAGGGAGGCAGCAACAAAGGAUGGGGAAAGGAUAUACAAUUGAGAAAUAUGAAGGCACACUAGCAGAAGAUAGGGAAAAAUAUGGAAUCCAUAGGUCGAUUGCAUUCCAUUACGAAAUGUCUUGUUUCGAUGAACGAUUGAGAGAUUCUGAAAUAAAUAAAAAAUUAGAACAAAUGAAAGAAGAACCUCAUACAUGGGAAUUACUCUCUCUAUACUGGCAAUCAUACAGAAAUGAAAGAAGUAAAUAUCGUGCUCUUAAAAAAUCUUUGAAGGAAAAAUUGUUAGAAUUGCAAAAAAAACAAACUAUUGCAACUCCCGACAUAUAUAACAAGAAAUGGAAAAAAUGUGAAGAGAUAAUUAAUAAUAACUUGACAAAACAGCAUGAACAUGUUAGUGAUGUAUUUUAUACCAUGGUUGCAAAGGAAAAAUUGAGCAGAGAUGAAUUCGAGAAGAUUUUAUAUGAUUUCAGAGAAUCAUGGAAAGAAGUCACCCUUAAGACAGCAGACGAAUGUAUAGCCAUUAUUGGAGAACCAAUUUCUUUGGAAGUCAUAUACCACGAGAAUGACCCUAAUGUCUUUGGGAUGAGGGUUCCAGGCUUUACAGUUCCGGGUAUGCCGUACGACUCCAACAGGAAAUUAGAUACAUCAGUUGGAGCAGAGCGAUCAUCCCAAGUUUCACAGAAUGAGGAACAAGCCGAAACAGCAGAAAAGAAGGCACAGGAAUGUUCACUAGAUGGUGGCACUGACAUUCAAACACCACACCAAAGUAAGAAACUUCCCGGCGAUCCCAGUGGAGGCCCCCUUAAAGAACCUGUGCCGGGAACAAAUUCCGGAAAAUCGAAAACCAAAGAUGGAUCAGAGGGGUUAGUAGUAGCUUCAGAAAAGAAGGCACACAUUAAAGAAACGAGCGAGCAAACUAGGGGACUGUGUAGUACACUAGCGCGAACUUUAAGUAGAAAUAAAUGGUGGAUCCCCGCUACAUUGGCCGUUCUUGGUGUCUAUAUAGCAACGCUGCCUAAGCUUCCCAAAGCUGGGAAUUUAGAUGGAUGGAUUGCGUCUUUAUUAAUAGUUAUCCCAGGCAUCGCACUUACGCUUCUGGUUGUGCUAUUUUGGUCUAAACGCCGGAAGGGAAGAUCAGGAGUGCCCAAGAAAGCCCUGAAGGAUAAAAUUUCAUCAGACGCAGAGCACAAAACAGAUGUAUCCAAGAAAUCGGAAGCACCUAAGACACCGGAGACACCUGAGAAGACGGAAGCACGUAUAAAGGCAGGACAGUCCGAGAAGCAGGACGCACCUAAAACGGACGGAGAAUCGGAGAAAUCGGAAACACCUAAGAACCCGGAAGCACCUGGGAACAAGGAAGCACCUAAGAAGCAGGACGUACCUAAAAAGGCAGGAGAAUCCGAGAAACCGGAAACACCAAAAGAAACGGAAGUAUCUAAGAAACCGUAG